GUGUGUGUGUUGGUGUUAGUGUGUGUUGGUGGGUGUGCCUCAGGGUGUGUUAGUGUGUGUUGGUGGGUGUGGUCUGGAUGUGGGGGCGGGGCUCAGGGUCUUAAACACUCGGCUCUUUCACACACCGUCAGUUUGAGUCUGCAGCUCUCGGGUGAACUCAGAUCUCACAGCAGCAGGAUGGACCUUUCAGAUGCUCUUGGCGAUUGGCCCGCUGGUGGCAACAGCCAGUCAUUAGGAGAAACUGCACCUGGUCCUUGGCCCGGGCAGCCCGCCAAUCCGGCCUGGCCAGGUCAACCAGCUGCCAACCCGGCCUGGCCCGGUCAACCAGCUGCCAACCCGGCAUGGCCCGGUCAACCAGCUGCCAACCCGGCAUGGCCCGGUCAACCAGGUCCCAACCCUACCUGGCCCGGAGGUCCUUCUGUAGGUGGAGGCGCCUGGCCUGGAGGUCCCUCACCUCAACCCACCGCACCUGGAGGAUGGCCCAGUCCUUCACCUGGACCUGGACCUGGCGUCCCUGCUGCCCCCCAACAGAGUCUGGUGGUUCCGUACAAACAGACUCUUCCCAGUGGAGUUUAUGACAAACUGCUCAUCACCAUCGCUGGAACCAUCAAACCCAAUGCUAACAAGAUCACAGUGGAUCUGAACACAGACCAAGACUUGGCCUUCCACUUCAACCCUCGCUUCAAUGAGGACGGCAAGAAGGUGAUCGUGAGGAACAGCUGCAUCGGCAAGAACUGGGGGAGAGAGGAGAGAGAACUGCAGCAAUUCCCCUUCGUCCCAGGGCAGCCAUUCGAGAUGAAGAUCAUGUGCACCAACAAAGAGUUUAAGGUGGCCGUCAACAACACUCACCUGCUGACGUUCCAACACCGGGUCACUAACCUGAGAGCCAUCAACCAACUCUCCAUCUACUACGAUCUCACCCUGUCCAGGGUCAACAUGGAGACUCUGCCUUGAGGCAGGUCACCAGAACCACCACAGACCUACUAGGAUCCACUGGAGAUGCACCACCGAUCUGUGGGGGGUCAUCUGUGGAUCUACAGGAGAUCCACCACAAUACUACAGAAUAUCAAUCAUUGAUCCACUGGAGAUCCAUAAAUGAUCCGCCAGAGAUCUACUGCUGAUCCACAAGAGAUUUACUGGAAAUCCACCAGAGAUCUGCUGGAGACCCACCAGAGAUCUACUGGGAAUCCACCAGAGAUCUACUGGGGAUCAACCAGAGAUCUGUAGAGAUCUACUGGGGAUCCACCAGAGAUCUACUGGGGAUC